UGCUAGGUAGAUUCAGAGGAAUCCCUCGUCUUUUGACUCGUCUGCGUACACGCAACCAGUCACGCGCAUACAGCCUCUACCUUGAUCAGCUGCAUCACCCGCUCUACUUUCCCCCCCGCCUUAGCUCAGACCCUUGCUCCUCCACCCCCCAAGUACCGGUACAUCACCUCUUGCACUCUCCCUACAUUCCCCGCUCCCUUCUCUCUUCUCCCUUCCAUCUGUCCCACCCAUCUCCCAUUCAAAAUGGCCUCUUCCUCGUCUUCGGGGAUGACGGGCUCCUCGGCUGCUAACCCACCUUCGCAUAAGCCAAAGAGGAAGAUCGCUGUGCUUGGCAGUAGGUCCGUAGGUAAAUCCUCUCUCACGGUCCGGUACAUCGAAGAUGCCUUUGUCGACUCGUACUACCCCACUAUUGAAAACGUCUUCAACAAGACGAUUCGGUACAAGAACAAGGAGUACGAUUGUGACAUCAUCGAUACUGCUGGUCAAGACGAGUACUCUAUCCUCAAUUCCCGCCAUGCAAUUGGAAUUCACGGGUACGUCCUAGUGUACUCCAUUGCCCUCAGGAGUUCCUUUGAGAUGGUACAGACCGUCUAUGAUAAGAUUCUCAACUAUACGGGUACAGAGACGGUACCAUGCGUGGUGGUAGGACAGAAGAGUGAUCUGCAUGUACAGAGGCAAGUUUCGGAAGAAGAAGGAAAGGCACUAGCGGAUUCACUAAAGGCGGCUUGGGUAGAGACGUCGGCGAGACAUAAUGCCAAUGUGGCAAAGGUAUUUGAGCUUAUGCUCUCACAGACUGAAAAGGGAACUACAGAGGGAGGACCAGAACCACAGCCCAGCAAGUGCAUCGUCAUGUAGAGAGUGGGAGGACCAAGGAAGGGAAGCAUACACAGGGCUUGAUGAGAUUGGAGAGGGCACAUAUGGGCUUGGCUUGGCGCAAGGGCGACGAGGGAAGAUCCCUUUCACUUCUUGUACCUACUCUACCACCAAUACUGCAGCGAGGAACGUCUCAACUCAGAGGCACUCGACCGUUUUUGCAAAGACUUAAUAUCCAUUCCCCAAUCGCACUUUACCC